AUGUCGUGCAAAGGACGAGGAAAAGAUCGCGUCAAAAAGACAAUUAUACUGGACGCAGAAUCCUCCCGCGCCCCGUAUUAUGGUAAAACACAGAAGGCGAGGGAGGGCCUGUCCCCCCAAUCGACACAUGAGGCAAAGUACAAAGAUAAAGCCAGACCUCACAAAAGAAGAAAGAGAGAUCUAGAACACGAUAUCCGAUCGGGGGACCUUUUUGAUAAACCGAUCACCGAUGUGGAUUCCGAGUUAGCGAGAUUAACAGAGGGAAUGUUUGUUAUGAUAAAUGGAACAGAAUACCAGUCCAAUGUGGAUAUGUCCCUCUCUAAGGAUCAUCAGGGGGAGGAGUUGGACUCUCACCGAUACUCCCACCACCAGAAGGUCAUCCGGGGACUGGAGUCCGAAUACGCUAAUGAGACAGAUAAGAGGAGACGAAAGCGGAACUUUAUACUUCCUCAGCAGUACUUCUGGACGAACGGAAUUGUUCCGUAUUACAUCGACCCCAGCCAAGGUACCUGGUUUCGGGAUAUGGUCCUCAACGGAAUGAACCAAGUUAUGGCCUUGACCUGUAUUAAGUUUACCCCCCGGGGGUCAAGUCUGGCUAACACCGUGGGUCACUCCAACUACCUGUAUAUAUUCUCCUCUUCGGGCUGCUGGUCGUACGUGGGGAUGAUAGGGUGGGGCCAACAACAACUCAGUCUCCAGAACUCAGGCUGUGUGACAAUACCAAUUAUCAUCCACGAAUUAAUGCACGCUAUAGGAAUGGAACACGAGCAGUCCCGAACGGACAGAGACGAUUACGUCAUAAUGAACUGGGCCAACAUCCGCGGCGGCACUGGUAACCGAAACAUGUACAAAAUCCCGACCCGGGACAACACGCCGUACGACCUGGCGUCCGUGCUACAGUACAGACUCAAUGCGUUUGCAGUCGACUCUCGCUAUCCUACAAUUACAGUCAAGGAUAGUCGGUUAUCGUUCUUAGCAGACACAGCAGUAGGACUGAUGUUCUAUGACACCAAAGACGUAACAAUAAAUUACCAAUGUACUCAACAAUGUGUAAAUCCGCCCACCUGUUUAAACGGGGGAUUCCUCCUCCACACGUGUCAAUGUUACUGCCCGGCUGACUUGUACGGAACUUCAUGUGAAAUUGUGUCCACUCACUCAGAGUGUGGGGGGAUUAUUGAGCUGGCCUCGGGGGAGGAGCGGACCAUCACGACACCAGGCUGGCCAAACUCAUACAACCUGGGGAGGAGGUGCAUCUGGGUAGUCAAGGGUCCACCAGAAAACCAUAUAAAGUUGUCUAUAGAUUCUUUGGCGCUGAAUUACAUCAACACCUACUGCUACCACUGGUUGGAGGUUCGAUAUAACCUGGCAGGACAGAGGGGUCCGAGAUUAUGUGGAUACAGAAACAAUGAAGCUUACGUGACGACAGACGACGAAAUCAAAAGUCAGAUGAUCAUUAAGUUUGACAGUCUGACGACCAACCGGGCGGCAUUAGCGGGGUUCUCCAUCCGAGUACAAAGUCUCAACUCAGGUUGUCUCAAUACUCACUGUAUGUUUGGAACCUGUCGUAGCUCGGAUGGAGUCUGCGUUUGUAAUACCGGGUUCUCUGGAACCAGGUGUGACCAGAUAGCCGACACUUCCAGCCUGACGGCAACUUUUGAGACCGGGGCUGGAUUACCCUUCCUACAAAACGAGGGGAACGCAUACGAUUGGAGCCUCAGAUCGGGACCUACACCCACGGAUAACACUGGUCCACCGGGGGCACAAGAGGGGUCAACUUAUAUCUACCUAGAAACGUCUUCUCCACGCGUGCCGGGUGACAUUGCUACGCUGACGUCAUCAGCCGUCACAUUUUCAUUGGCCAUCUCCCGAUGUUUGAAGUUUUAUUAUUCUAUGUACGGAGCUAAUAUGGGGACAUUAAACGUUUAUUAUCAGAGCGGAACUGGGGCCCGAACCUUGGCCUGGUCACGCUCUGGUGAUCAAGGAAACCAAUGGAAUUAUGCGGAGGUGGAAAUUCCCAAUGUCUCCAAUGUUAGGGUGUCCUUUGAUGGGGUACGAGGCAGCGGGCAUCUCAGUGACAUUGCUUUGGAUAACGUUCAGUUGCUUAGUGCUACAUGUGACCUGGUUUAUGGUUUUACUGAUAGUAGUACGACCACGCCCAAUGAAAUUUUAAACCACGACCACGCCCACAACCACGACCACGCCCACCACUACGACCACGCCCACAACCACGACCACGCCCACAACCACGACCACGCCCACCACUACGACCACACCCACAACUACGACCACGCCCACAACCACGACCACGCCCACCACUACGACCAUGCCAACAUCAACAACCACACCCACAACCACGAACACGCCCACCACUACGACCAUGCCAACAUCAACAACCACGCCCACUACUACGACCACGCCUACCACCACGACAACGCCCACAAUGACAACCACGCCCACAUCAACAACCACACAACAACAACGCCAACAUCAACAACCACGCCCACGACUACGACCACGCCCACUACUACGACCACGCCCACCAGUACUUCAACAUCCACAGCAACAACUUCUCCAACACCUACUGCUGCUUCGUGUAGCUUUGAGGACGGAGCCAGUUGUACAUUACGUAAUCUGAUCCCUCCCCCCAUUGGUCUACAGGCGCCGGAUCUGUUCAGGGACAAUUUUGAUUGGGUGCUCACAGGAACGGGAGCCACCCCCUCCAGAAACACGGGACCGACCUCGGCGUCCGAGGGUACCCGUUAUGCGUAUAUAGAGGCAUCCAACCCCAGGGUCGCUGGAGACAGGGCGGUGCUAAGGACAUCGAGUAACUUCCAAGGCAAUCCCCAGUGCCUAACGUUUGACUACCAUAUGUUUGGGUCUUCCACCGGAAUGGGGGAUUUAAAAAUCUACUCCAGCAAUAUAAACAAUGAAAUCACGUUACUAUGGUCACGUGAAGGUAACCAAGGAAACCAGUGGCUAUCUGCCUCUGUAGACGUACCGACAGCCACGGGACUUGUGAUCUUUUUCGAAGCAACUCGGGGUGGUUCUUACAAGAGUGAUAUCGCCAUUGAUGACGUACGCAUUACCCAGGGUUCCUGCGGCUGUAGCACAAAUCCAUGUAAAAAUGGCGGACAAUGUACACAGACCACCACAGGGUUUACUUGUCAAUGUACUAGCGGGUUCGGUGGGAACACGUGUGACGUCAUAGUCGGGCCAGUGAUGUGUGACUUUAAUACCGGAAAUACCUGUAGCUUCCUAUCUCAGGCCACAAAUGACAGAGAUGACUGGAGAUUUGGGACGCGAACUCCUAGUUACAAGACUGGACCACAAUACCCCGUGGACGGCAUCUUUGCCUAUACCGAGGCUUCCUUCCGGUUCUGGGGAACCACCUACAUACUAACCACUGCCGGGUCACAGCUACAGGAGAGCCCAUGGUGUCUAACAUUCCAGUACAACAUGUACGGAAAUAGAAUGGGGACGUUCGAGGUCAAUGCAGGGUCAAACGGAAGUUUGACGAGGGUUUGGUCACGGUCCGGUAACCAGGGCCGGAGCUGGAAAUCGGCAGCGAUAUCAAUAAGUUCCGCCCCAAAUCUUGUGAUAAACUUGGAGGUAAUCCGAGGUUGGGGAUAUAGAAGUGACGUUGCUAUUGACAACGUGCGACUACAGACAGGAACAUGUCCAUAGUGAUUCAUUGAAACCAGGGAAGGAUUUUGCUGUGAUUAAUUUCAUCAUUUAUAUAUCCUCCUGUUUCUGUUAUUUUAAUGUGAAAUGAACUUACAAAGGCAUUUUGGACUUUAUAGAAAGAACAGCUCUAGUUUAAGGACUGCUAUAAAUGGUUACACAGGUGAUAUUAACAAUGCCACUAAGGGUGACUUCGUAACUUUUUUUAAGUGCCAAUUUGUGACGGUCCAUUUUCGAAUUACUUUAUUGAAAAGGAGUGCGGAAAAUAUAUUUAGUUUCAAGGAAAAUAAUUGGGUGUGCACGCAUACAAUAAUGUUCUGUUUGAAGAGAAAGAUUAAAAAAAACGUCUGUUGAAAGUUUAAAGAUUAAUGGUUGAACCGAAAUGUCCAUUCUUUUGAAGAUUAUAUUGUUUUAUUUGUUUUUUGAAUGGUAUUUUAAUA